AUGGCGACCAAUUCAAAAUUAUCAAGACGCUACUCGAGUGACUUCCUUUCUAUUCAAGGCGUCACCUUUGAUGUAACCAUUGCAGAUCCUGUCCGACGAAUCCGGUCGUAUCUAGAAGCAUACCGCGACACUUCGGACAAGGGCGCGGGCUUUGACGAUGAGCUUAUGCGCGAUAAGCUCGAGAUCGUGUCCGCCGAGACCUCGCCGGACAACAAGACAGCAGCCGCCGUCUUCCUGCUCAGAGCCGGGCAGAGUCUUUCCAACCGUCUCGGAAACAUCCACGGGGGCGCUGUAGCACUUAUCUACGAUAUGUGCACUACCAUGAGCGCAGCGCCGCUCUCCAGGAAAGGGUUUUGGGAGUUUGGAGGCGUGUCCCGGAACCUAUCCGUUACCUACAUCCGGCCGGCGCGGGCGGACAGAGACAUACUUGUAGAGUGCCAAGUACUACACAUUGGAGAACGAUUCGUGACUAUACGGGGUCAGAUGAGGGACAAGGAAUCGGGUGCGCUGCUAUCGGUUGCAGAACACUCCAAGGUCAGCGUCAUGUUCGAACAAACAUCCAAGCCCAAGAUUUGA